AUGGAGAUCAUUGGUACUCAGCCACUUGCUGACAUCAUCAAGGGACCAGUCUUCCACAGCCACACUCUAAUUCAACUUCUGUCAUUUUUGAAUGUUUUUUUGUAUAGAUUGGAUUACCUUGAACAUAUUUUUUGUCUGUUUAAUCUGUUAUCAAUAGAUGGUCAAGGUAUUGAUUAUCUGUUAUCAAUAGGUGGUCAAGGUAUUGAUUAUCUGUUAUCAAUAGAUGGUCAAGGUAUUGAUUAUCUGUUAUCAAUAGAUGGUCAAGGUAUUGAUUAUCUGUUAUCAAUAGAUGGUCAAGGUAUUGAUUAUCUGUUAUCAAUAGGUGGUCAAGGUAUUGAUUAUGUGUUAUCAAUAGGUGGUCAAGGUAUUGAUUAUCUGUUAUCAAUAGAUGGUCAAGGUAUUGAUUAUGUGUUAUCAAUAGAUGGUCAAGGUAUUGAUUAUCUGUUAUCAAUAGGUGGUCAAGGUAUUGAUUAUGUGUUAUCAAUAGAUGGUCAAGGUAUUGAUUAUCUGUUAUCAAUAGGUGGUCAAGGUAUUGAUUAUCUGUUAUCAAUAGGUGGUCAAGGUAUUGAUUAUGUGUUAUCAAUAGAUGGUCAAGGUAUUGAUUAUCUGUUAUCAAUAGAUGGUCAAGGUAUUGAUUAUCUGUUAUCAAUAGAUGGUCAAGGUAUUGAUUAUCUGUUAUCAAUAGAUGGUCAAGGUAUUGAUUAUCUGUUAUCAAUAGAUGGUCAAGGUAUUGAUUAUCUGUUAUCAAUAGAUGGUCAAGGUAUUGAUUAUCUGUUAUCAAUAGAUGGUCAAGGUAUUGAUUAUCUGUUAUCAAUAGAUGGUCAAGGUAUUGAUUAUCUGUUAUCAAUAGAUGGUCAAGGUAUUGAUUAUGUGUUAUCAAUAGAUGGUCAAGGUAUUGAUGAUCUGUUAUCAAUAGAUGGUCAAGGUAUUGAUGAUCUGUUAUCAAUAGAUGGUCAAGGUAUUGAUGAUCUGUUAUCAAUAGAUGGUCAAGGUAUUGAUGAUCUGUUAUCAAUAGAUGGUCAAGGUAUUGUCAUCCUCCUGUCCUAAAGGCCACAGUCGUAGUAGCAUUACGUUUUAUUGAAGGACUAGAACCUGAGGAGACAAGUGUCACAUCCUGAUCUGUUUCACCUGUCUUGGUGAUUGUCUCCACCCCCCUCCAGGUGUCACCCAUUAUCCCCAGUGUAUUUAUACCUGUGGUCUUUGUUUGUCUGUUGCCAGUUCGUUUUGUUUCGUCAAGACUACCAGUGGUUUUCCCCGUGCUCCUGUCAUUCUCUAGUUCCUGUUUUCCCGGUUUUGACCAUUCUGCCUGCCCUGAGCCUGCCUGCCGUUCUGUAACUUUCAGACUCUGCUCUGGAUUACUGACCUCUGCCUGCCCUUGACCUGUCGCUUGUCCCUCUGUUUUUGUAAUAAAGGUU